UGGGCAGGGCGCAGAGCAGGCCACCUUCUCCAUGGGGGCCUGCUCAGAGUUCAAGGGUUCCGGGGAGAUCAUUCACGCUUCCCUUAAUCCCUGUGGUGGUGGCUGAGGCUGGAGUUUGGAGUUUGACCUGCUUGGAGAAGCAGGCACACAGGAAGGGUCUCGGCCGUGCUCUGAGGCUCUCGGUCUCCCUUCUCACAGCCAUCUCUGCCUCCAAAGACCCAGCAGGGCAGGUGCACCUUGCGUCUGGAACAAGCUAGCAGAAGCUGUUGACAUCCCUUGGCUCAUGAACCAUCACCCCAUGAUCAAAGCCAGCCACCUUGGAGCAAAUCUUCGCCACACUCCCAUCUCUCUGGCUCUCUGGAUUUCAUCUCCCCUUGUGACUACAUUAGAUCCACCCAGAUAAUCCAGGCACCUCCGUAUUUUAAGGAGUCGGAGCGCGUGUUCAGGACCAUGGAGAGCAGCACCAGCAGUCCUCAGCCCCCGCUGUCCGAUCCCUUGGAUCCUUUUCCCCAGAGGAGCCUGGAGCCAGGUGACAUUGCAGUGCUGGUCCUGUACUUCCUCUUUGUCCUGGCUGUUGGAUUAUGGUCCACAGUGAAGACCAAAAGAGACACAGUGAAAGGCUACUUCCUGGCUGGAGGGGACAUGGUGUGGUGGCCGGUGGGGGCCUCCUUGUUCGCCAGCAACGUUGGGAGUGGGCACUUCGUGGGCCUGGCAGGGUCGGGCGCUGCAACAGGAAUUUCUGUAGCUGCUUACGAGUUUAACGGCAUGUUUUCCGUGCUGAUGUUGGCCUGGAUCUUCCUCCCUAUCUACAUCGCGGGCCAGGUCACCACGAUGCCGGAAUACCUGCGGAGGCGCUUCGGCGGCAGCAGGAUCGCCAUCACCCUGGCCGUCCUCUACCUGUUCAUCUACAUCUUCACCAAGAUCUCGGUGGACAUGUACGCCGGCGCCAUCUUUAUUCAGCAGUCCCUGCACCUGGAUCUGUACCUGUCCGUAGUCGGGCUGUUGGCCGUCACAGCGCUGUACACUGUUGCAGGUGGCCUGGCCGCUGUGAUCUACACCGAUGCCUUGCAGACUCUGAUCAUGCUCGUCGGAGCGCUCACCUUGAUGGGCUACAGUUUUGCUGCAGUUGGCGGCAUGGAAGGCCUGCAGGAGAAGUACUUCCUGGCCCUGCCCAGCAACCGGAGUGAGAACAGCAGCUGCGGGCUGCCCCGGGAAGACGCCUUCCAUCUCUUCCGUGAUCCGCUGACGUCUGAUCUGCCGUGGCCCGGGAUCCUGUUCGGGAUGUCCAUCCCAUCCCUGUGGUACUGGUGCACCGACCAGGUGAUCGUCCAGCGGAGUCUGGCCGCCAAGAACCUGUCUCACGCCAAAGGAGGUUCUCUGAUGGCCGCCUACCUGAAGGUGCUGCCCCUUUUCAUCAUGGUGUUCCCUGGGAUGGUCAGCCGCAUCCUCUUCCCAGAUCAAGUGGCUUGUGCAGACCCAGAAACCUGCCAGAGGGUCUGCAACAACCCCUCCGGCUGUUCCGACAUUGCCUAUCCCAAGCUGGUGCUGGAACUCCUGCCCACAGGACUCCGUGGGCUCAUGAUGGCUGUGAUGGUGGCUGCGCUCAUGUCCUCCCUCACCUCCAUCUUUAACAGUGCCAGCACCAUCUUCACCAUGGACCUCUGGAACCACGUCCGGCCUCGGGCAUCUGAGAAGGAGCUCAUGAUUGUGGGCAGGGUAUUUGUGCUGCUGCUGGUGUUGGUCUCCGUGCUGUGGAUCCCUGUGGUCCAGGCCAGCCAGGGAGGCCAACUGUUUGUCUAUAUCCAAGCCAUCAGCUCCUACCUGCAGCCGCCUGUGGCCAUGGUCUUCGUCUUGGGGUGUUUCUGGAAACGGGCCAAUGAAAAGGGGGCCUUCUGGGGCCUGGUCUUGGGCCUGCUCCUGGGCUUCAUCAGGCUGAUCCUGGACUUCAUUUACGUGGAGCCUGCCUGCCACCAGCCCGACGAGCGCCCCUCUGUGGUGAAAAACGUCCACUACCUCUACUUCUCCAUGAUCCUGUCUUCGGUCACUGUGCUCACCGUGACGGUCAUGAGCCUGCUCACAGAGCCACCCUCCAAGGAGAUGAUCAGCCACCUGACCUGGUUCACUCGCCGCGACCCCGUGGUCCAGAAGGCACAGGUGCCAGCAGCCACGCCCCUGCCGCCUGCCCUGUCUCACAACGGGACCGCGGAAGCCAACAGCGCCAGCAUCCAGCUGGAGACGAUUCAGGAAGGCGCGUCCAAAGCCCACAGCAGUGACGUGACCCCGAAGCAGUCCAGAGUGGUGCGAGCCCUGCUGUGGCUCUGUGGGAUGGAGGGCAAGAGCACGGAGCAGGCCCCGAGGCCAGCAGAGCCCGUCUUGGCUUCCAUAGAAGAAAACCCCGUCGUGAAGACCCUGCUGGACGUCAACUGUCUGCUGUGCAUCUGCUGCGCCUUCUUCCUCUGGGGCUACUUCGCCUAGCGCCUGCGCUCAGCCCGCCACUCCUUUCCCGUGCCCUGUUGUUUUAUAAUGAAAGAAAAAGAUAAUAAUAAUAAAGCUUUUGUUUGUUUACCGUGA